AUGGAUUCAUCAUAUGAAAGAUUAAGUAAACACUUUUUAGAUAGGAUUCGUGAUCUACAGUAUCUAACAGCUUUAAGAAAUCAAAAUAUGAUCAAUCCAUCAUCUAUCAAUAAACAAGAGAUUGAAGAGAUCAAUAGAGCUCUAUUGGACAUUGAAUCAACAUUUUACAAUCUCAAACAAUCGGUACAUCAUGAAAAGCAAUUGGUCGAACAACUAGACACCUACAAACAACUCAUCGAUCAACAACAUACUCAAUUGGUAUCACUAGGACAACAACAGCAAAGACAAUAG